ACAAGGCUCCCCUCCAACAUGGCGGGCGCCUCCGACCCUCUGGAAGAGAUGCUGUUCUCUGAGGUGGACGAGAAGGCGGUGAGCGACCUGGUGGGCUCCCUGGAGUCACAGCUCGUCGGCCGGGGUGGAAACAAGACUGGUGCGGCUAAGCAGCACCUAGGAAAAGCCUUAGCCUCUCGGGCUAAUAGUACAUCCGAGCAGCAACAACAACAACAUCCUCAUCCUCAUCAUCAACAACAGCAUAAAGCCGGGACGGAGCGCGGCUCGGACCCCGCCGGGAUCACUCCAUCACCGGAGAGCUGCGUAAAGGCGAGUACGAGCGGUGCGCGUUCACACUCCUCCUUCUCGGAUAAGGUUAGCGGCGUGUGCGCGCAGGAUGGAGUGCCGUUUCCCGCGGGUAGCGUUAGCGCCGCCGGCCGGAGAGCAGCAGCGGCUGGCUCGAGCUCCGUGGAGACGCCGCGGCAUUACGGCACGCGGAAGAAGCGCGGUGGUGGUGCGCGCGGCGGCGCUGCCGCCGCUUCGCGGAGCAUGAACGGCGCCGCGACCUCCUCCGCGCGCAGCGGCAACUCGCCACCGUCCGGCGCCGUUUCCAUGGCGACGCCGCGCGCCAACUCCACCACCACCACCACCACCACGUACACCGUGUCCAGCGCGAGCCGGUCCGUCGCGCUGGAUAAAGGGACUCCCAGGAUCGCGCUGCACCGACUCCCGAGUCACAUCGUGGCCAGCAUCGCUCAGGGCAGGAACGGCACGAGCGUGUCCGCGCUCGUCCAGCAAGGGCGCGUGCACCACGCAAAGAACGCGGAGAGCGCGGACACCAAAGGGGAAGUGCAUCAGGGUGAACCUGGGAGUGUGAACUCAGUACCGGGUACUGUGUGUAUCGCCGUGACUCAAUCCCAGCCUCAGUCUCAAACCCAGCCUCAGUCUCAAUCCCGACUUCAAUCCCAACUUCAUUCCAAACCUCAAUUUUUAUCUAAACCUCAGACUCAAUCCCAGCCUAAAUCCCAAUCCCAAUCUCAACCCCAACUUCAGUCCCAGUCUAAAUCCCAAUCCCAAUCUCAACCCCAACUUCAGUCCCAGUCUAAAUCACAAUCCCAAUCUCAAUCCCAACCACACUCUCAAUCCCAAACUCAACCCAAAUCUCAAUCCGGAACUCAAUCUCAACCUUCUCAAUCUCAACCGCAAUCUCAAUCCCAACCUCAGCCCCAGCCGCAAUCUCAAUCCCUACCUCAGUCCCAACCUCAAUCUCAACCGCAAUCUCAAUCUCAACCUCAGUCCCAACCGCAAUCUCAAUCCCAACCUCAGCCCCAGCCGCAAUCUCAAUCCCUACCUCAGUCCCAACCUCAAUCUCAACCGCAAUCUCAAUCUCAACCUCAGUCCCAACCGCAAUCUCAAUCCCAACCUCAGUCCCAAGCUCAAUCUCAACCUCAGUCCCAACCGCAAUCUCAGUCCCAACCUCAGUCUCAACCCCAGCCUCAGUCUCAAUCCCAACCUCAAACCCAACCCCAAAUUGUAUCCCAACCUCAAACUCGGCUUCAAACUCCGCCUCAAACCCAACCUCAGCUCCAGCCUCAGCCUCGACCUGCAGCUCCAGCACAGAGGAUCACAACUCCACAGCUGUUAGUCAGGCCGCCGCAGCAGCAGGCCACCAUUCAGCUUCCGCCAGGAUUUACCAUCCCGGCAGGCAUGGUGUUGGUGCGGACAGAGCUGGGUCAGUUAAUGAUGGUUCCACAGCAAGCGCUUGCCCAAGCCCAGGCCCAGAGCGCCAUCUCACCCCGACCAGCUGCCCCCACCACUACAGCCACCUUCAGAGUAACCACCCCACAGGAAAUGCAAGAGAACGUGAAAAAGUGUAAGAACUUCCUGGCGACGCUGAUCAAACUCGCAUCCCAUAAUUCCCCGUCACCGGAGACGUCACGGAACGUCAAAGCGCUGGUGCAGGACCUUCUGGAUGCCAAAAUAGAGCCAGAAGAGUUCACCAGCCGGCUGCAGACGGAGCUGAAGUCAUCACCCCAGCCUUACCUGGUGCCUUUUCUCAAGAAAAGCCUCCCAGCGUUGCGUUUGUCCCUGUUGAACAGUCAGCAGUCGCUCACUCAGCCCCCACAGCCCCCACAGCCCAAGACCACAGCGCCCCCAACAGGAGCCGUCGCCGGGGCUGUUACCACAAGCAACGUGCCUCGGCAACCUAACAGCACCAUUACACCAUCACAGAAUAUUAAGAGGACAGGGACGAUAGGAGGGCAGGUCCGUAUGCCCGUGGUCAUCGCGCAGACGGUGCGGCCGGCAGGUGCUGUAGGGAAGAGUCCGGCGGUGCAGGCGGGGAAAAUCCCCUCGGGGGUCAGCGUGCAGCUCCCGGGGGCUCAGAAGAACAAAGUAAACGAUCCUGGGGGAGGCUCUUUCAGAGACGAUGAUGACAUCAAUGACGUUGCGUCUAUGGCCGGGGUAAACUUGAGCGAGGAGAGUGCUCGUAUCUUAGCAACCAACUCAGAGCUGGUGGGCACGCAGAUCCGCUCUUGUAAAGAUGAGGCCUUCCUGCCCACGGGUCUACUGCAUCGGCGCAUACUGGAGACGGCUAAGAAGUUCGGGGUGACGGAGGUUCCUCUUGAGGCGGUAAACUUCAUCGCUCACGCCACACAGACACGGCUGAGGACCGUUCUGGAAAAAGUGUCCUUCAUCGCCCAGCACAGGAUGGACUCCAAUAAGGACGAGGAGUGGUACGAGCAGACGUCAGACGUUCGCUCUCAGCUCAAGUUCUUCGAGCAUUUAGAGCGGCUGGAGAAACAGAGGAAAGACGAACAGGAGAGAGAGAUCCUCCUCAAAGCAGCCAAAAGUCGCUCGAGGCAGGAGGACCCAGAGCAGGCUCGUUUGAAGCAGAAGGCAAAAGAGAUGCAGCAGCAGGAACUGGCCCAGAUAAGGCAGAGGGACGCGAACCUCACAGCUCUCGCCGCCAUCGGGCCGCGGAAAAAACGCAAAGUGGACUCGCCCGGAGCGACGCCGGGCACGGAGGUGUCAGGGAGCUCGGCGGGUUCUCCGGCAUCGUCGCUGUCGUCCUCGCGCCAGUUCCACCGGCAGAGAAUCACACGCGUGAACCUCAGGGAUUUCAUCUUCUACCUGGAGCAGGAGCGAGAGACGAGCCGAUCGCUCCUGCUCUACCGUGCUCUGCUGAAGUAGCUCACGCCCAGCGUGCGAACACUAACCCAACUAAACUCAAGCAACAUGGAAUCGGUAGCCAACACGCAGCGACCUCCAGCUUCCUCCUGCAACGUGCCUUCAGCCAGGUUUCAGCUCUCCUGCUCCCUGCGUCUCUCGUCACAUCCGCCUUGGGUUAUUUAUUUAUUUAUUUAAAACCACGGUUUCACUUUUUUUUUUUUCUUAAACGGAAUAAGGAUGAACUUAUUUUUAACACGUGCCUGUAACGCUGAACGCCUUGAAGUGACCCUGAGUUUUUCGUAGAAUGCUUUAUGUAGAAUUAUUGUUCCACACUAAAUGCAUUACAUUCAGACGAACAAAAAGCCCAACACGGUGUUUAGUUAUUAACCCCUUCAGACCCAAAAACGCACUAACUUUACAUAAGUAUCGAAAAAAAAAAAUGAUUUAACUUUAAAUAUUUUAGUGAAAUCAUCAUGUAUAGGUAACGUUCAGGUUUAAUCAGUAUUUCCAUAAUGCUACAUGUACAUUAACAAUGUCAUUCUGUUCUCUACUCGACGUAAACAGCACCAUGAAGCAUUGUAAGCGUUGCCAUGGUGAUAGCAUCAUUUACACUUACAGUAGCUACGAUGUUGACUGGUUCAUGACAGAGCUACAAAUCAGCAUUACAAGUCAGCGUUUUUAAUCGUAGCUUAUUAUGUUUUUUGCUACAGUGGUGAAAAGGUUAUGGAUCCACACAGGAAACCGCGAAUUAGUACAAAAACUGAUACAGUUUCAUACAUUAUACUAUAUAUUUUUACUUAUCUUUGCAGUUUAUUUGUUAGGGUUCAUAUUGUCCAUUUAAGUCAAAGCUGAGGUGCCAACAUUUACGCUUGAGUGGUAGAAGUUCAUUUUUGAACUCAGUCCAACCAUGCACUGAACGGAAAACUAUAUGAACUAAAGUACAGCUAAACUUCGGCAUACGAAUUCCUUAAAGUUGAAAUUUCAUUUUGCGAAACGCAUUUUCCCAUAGGAAAUAAUGUAAAUGCAGAUAAUCCGUUCCAGCCACCCAAAUAUAUCAGCAAUAUCACCAAUUUCUAACACUACAAUCAUAUUUUUGCAUAAAAAACAAUCAAAACAUUUAGAAAAGACAUUUAAAUAAAGUAAAGUAUGAAAUAAAUAAACAUUAAAUCUCACUUAACUUUAAUUUAUGAUUCCUCUUGGAACCAGCUGCUUUAAAAACCAAACUGAAAGCGGCUCCCUUUUCUUCUUGCUGCGGUUCUUGCUAACAUUCUCGGGACCCCAUGGUGCUACAUGUAUGUCUUCACUUACAAAAAUGCAAGGAAUCCACAAAAAAAAAGUAAACUUGCUUCGCUUAUGCAAAUAAGUUUAAUCUGCUAAGGGAAGGACACAGACUAUGCUGGGGCAAAUUUCUUGCAAAAUAUAAGGCGAAAAUUCAUAUGCUGAGGUAACACUGUAUGUAAGUGUAACUGUUGUAGCGCUCACUUCCUGUAAGAACAGAACUCUUUGACCUAUGAAUGGACGAACCCAACACUCAACACACAACUCUUACUGAGAACCCUCUGGUUUUAACCCUCUGGUGACCAUCCCGUCGCCGCUAUAAGACUGUGAGUGUUUUUUUUUCCUGAUAACAGCGAAAAGAACUUCCCUAUGAUUUUUGAUCAUACAUGUAA